AUGAAGUCGUUCCCUUUUAAGCGCAUUAAAAUCGCAUUCCGUAAAUGGUAUCGGAUAAGGCACGUGCCGCGCGCAAACAUCGCCGCGUCCGGCCUCGCUCGUGGCAAACCUAACCCCCCCUCUUCACCUCCUCCUGCCCCGUCGAACCCCGCUCUCGCUCCAAACAAAGCGGCGACAAGACAAAAAACAGGCGCACUCGGCCACUCGAGCCACGCGCCGCGGUACGCAUAUUUGCUCACUGACACUAACGCUAAUGUGGAGCCGCCCUUAUCACCCACGUGCCUCUAA